GGUGGAGUGAGGGAGCCCUAGCCUCCAUAAAGGGCCCCCAGAUUUUCUGACGACACUGCUGUCAUGUCCAGUACUGUUGUUGUGUCCCUGAAACUGACCCUGGAGUCUGCAGUAGGAAUUAACCAUUCUCCUGCCUUCGAUGGCAAAGUGGUCGAGGUCAUUGAUCUCAGAGAGCUGAAGUCCCUGUCAAGACGAUCUUGACUCAGGUCAUCAGAGAAAAGAUCCCAGUUGUGUCAGAAUUCAAGAAAUACGCCUUCACAUUAAAGAAGGAAGGUUCAGCUCAUCAGGAGAAGCAAUUCAGUCCUUGCAAUUUAUCAAGGUCUGAGUCUGUAUUGCUGUGUUCCUGCCCAUCCUCCUGACUCUAGCUUCAAGAAAGUCAUCAUGUCUCAUGGUCAGAAGACACAGUAUUGCAACUUGCAGGGAGAAUCUCAGGUCCCAAGAGAAGAACAGGGACAGAUGCAUUCUGACCUAUCUGUGGCUGAGGGAGAGGAGUCCAAUAAUAACAACUCCUCUUCUUCUGCUAGCCCAACCCUCCCCAGGAAGAUACCUGUUGGUGGGAUACCAAAAAUUCACCAGAGUCCUCAGUGUGCCUUAUCUCCUCCCACUGUUAGGGCCUCCAUUCCAGUAUCCCCGUCUGAUGAGGCCUCUGGCAACCAAGUAGGGGAGGGGGAAGGCCCCAUGGUAUUGCACCAUGAAUUAAGUGCAAAGGUGGCUGACUUGGUACAGUUCCUGCUCCUCAAGUAUAGAUUGAAGGAGCUAACCAACAAGACAGAAAUUAUAGAAAAGAUUAUAGAAGAUGAUGAGCAGCAUUACAAUAGGAUCUUUAAUGAAGCCUCUGAGGGUUUGAAGCUGGUCUUUGGCAUUGAUGUAAUAGAAGUGGACCCUGUUGCCCACACCUAUGCCCUUGUCAUUGCCCUGGGGAUCACUUAUGAUGGGAUGCUUACUAAUGCCCAAGGCAUGCCCAAAACUGGCCUCCUAAUAAUUGCCCUAGGUGCCAUUUGCAUGAAUGGCAACCGUGUCAGUGAGAAUGUGAUCUGGCGAGCACUAAAUAUGAUGGGAGUAAGUACCACGGAAAAUCACUAUGUAGCUGGGAAUGCCAAGAAGCUGUUCACUGAAACUUUUGUACAGGAAGGGUAUCUAGAAUACAACCUAGUGCCUGACAGUGAUCCCCCUCACUAUGAGUUCCUAUGGGGUCCAAGGGCCCAUGCUGAAACCAGAAGUGAGGAUGUCUUAGAGUUUUUGGCUGAGAUCAACAGGAGGAACUAAGUGUUUCCAGAUCUUUCCAAUCCCUGUAUUUUGAGAGAAAACGGAAUUUUGUUGGGGAUUGCCACCAAAAAUGGCACACUGUUUGGCCAAUACAAGUUCUAAUGCCACAUUCAGAUGAGACUUCACUGUAGGAAGGUGGCAGUCACUGUUUUAAGCAGUAAAGAGGGCUAGUGAAAGUAAGUAUAUAACAUUUUUGUCCUGUAAUUUUAGGGUAACUUGGAACUUUUUUGAGUAUUUUUCAAAUUUUGUUUCUCUUAACUGAAGGAUUUAAUGGGCUUCAGAAUCUAAGUCUAUAAGUGGCAUUAAUGACACAUUUAUUGCUUCCUGCAGUAGGGUCGUGCUAUGUAGCCCUACCUGUCCUGGAAUUCUCUAUGUAGAACAAGCUGUCCUUGAAUUCAUAGAUAUCCACCUGCCUCUUCCUGCUAAGUGCCAGGAUUAAAGAUCUAUGCCAUCACACCUAGACAUCUUUUGCUAUCUUAUAUCUUAUUAUUAUGGCCUGUAAUAACAUUGGAAAAAGAAUUUAAUUUGAGAUGUGAAAGAAUUUAGUAAUAUAUCCAAUGUCAAUAAAUGGAGGAAAAUGAAAGAAAUUGCUAAUUUUUAUUUUCUCCUUCAACAAAAUCUGUUCCUCUGUAAAAUUAAGUUGCAUAUGUAGAUCUAAAUGUGCAUGGCUUUUUGAAAUUGUAUGAGAAAUUACAUCCUAAUAAGUUACCCAGUGUAAAGCUCCACAGCUUCAGAAUGAUAGAGAACCUCAUUGAGAUUUGUAGACUUUGCAUCUGGUUAAUUUUGGUGUGAUGUUUUUUAUUUGCAAGUUCUUUUUAAUAAAAUUCUAAUACAAAUAAAUAAGUCACCUCACUUAAUAGCUGACUUGUUAUGGACCUGUUGUUUGCAAGGUCCUGUGUUCAUGGGGUAAUACUAGGAAAAGUUAGAGCUGCCCUUACCUUUACAGGUCAAGUCCUUUAGCAGCAUCCAUAUCAAGAAGAAAUAAGGUGUUCUCUUAGACCAAAGGAAUGAUUUCAUACUGUGACUUAGGCCUGAGAAGUCAAUUUUUUUUAAAAUUCUGAGCAGUUCCUUUUUCAAUUUCAGAACAGUUCCUUUUGGGGGUUUGUUGGGAUUAUUAAUUUUUAUUUUAUUGUGAGUAAGUAUGUGGAUUUGCACAUGUCAGUGCCAGUGCACUCGAAGGCCCAAGGUGUCAGAAGGCCCUGGAGCUGAUAGUUGUAAUCCACCUGCUGUGGGUACUAGGAAUUGAAUCUGACUCCUCUGGAAGAAUAUUUGCUCUCUUAACCAUUGUGCUAUCUCUCCAGUCCCAUAAACAGUUUCUUUUAGAUAGCAGGCAGUUAUGGCAGACAUUGUGUGCAGGAAAUUUGCUCCUCAGUGUAAUUUGGGAAGGACUUUCAAGAGGGUGAGUCAAAUGGGAAUUCUUUGGGGACAUUGUCCUCUUAGAAAUAAUUGAUCUAAUUCCCAUAGGAUCCCGGAUAUUUAGACUUUGGGUUGGAAAUGGGGUUCAGAUGCUCUUACAGAGGACCCAGAUUCCCUAGCACCCACCUUGCAGCUGCCUGUAACUCAAAAAUAAUUUUUAGAGAGCCUGACCCCUGAAUCACUCUCUGGAUUCCUGAUCUGUCCCUCUUAAACACACUCCCACUAUAGUGUUAGCUGCCUUGAGGCCUUUUUCUUGGACUUUUAGCCUCUAAAACUAUGAGCUAAAUAGAGUCCUUUUUAUAAGUUACCCAGUGAUCUAAAUGCAAGAGCCUUGAGGAACUGACAAAAGUAACCUGAGAAAGGAAUUAUUUUGGUUCAGCAACCUUUCAGGCAGAACCUCAGCCCAGGCCAGGAAACAGUACUUCUCACACUUAUAUUUUGUCUUCUCACAUUAAUUAGCUUAAUCAAGGCAACCAGUCACUGGCACAACCAGAGACUAACCUAAUCUAGAUAAACUCCUAUCAGUAUGACCUGAGGCUUGUUUCCUAGGUGAUGCUGGCAUGUUGAAAAUCAAUAUUAACAUCACAGAGCCAGAUGGGGUCCCACCCCUAGUGGAAAAGCUAUUUGCAAAUGAUAUUCACUGGCAAAGGGAAAAUCUGUUUUCUCCAGUGGAAUGUUACUGCAUAUCAACCAUGCUCCAGGGCAAGUCCUAUAUCCAGGAAUAGCUGCCAAACACAAAACAAAUGCUAUGGUUUUUGUUGUUGCUGUUGCUGCUGUUGUUGUUUCAUCUUAUUUGUCUUUUGCUUGUUUGCUUUGAUUUUUGUUUUUGU